AUGACAUCGCCAUUUGUCGAUGACACUGUGGAGCUCGGAGCGAGAAUUUUGAGAGGCGCUCUCAGGCGGGAGGGGAUCUUUAGGGACAGACAAAACCCUUUGGCUUUCUCUGAAGAGUAUUUGUAUGAAAGAUACAGGUUCUCGUCAGAAGGGCUGACUUAUCUGUGUCAGCUCCUCGAGCCAUAUAUUGCUAAUGCCACACGUCGGAGUUGUGCACUUACAGUGCCGCAGACUGUAUGUAUUGCUUUGCGCUACUUUACAACCGGCAGUUUUCUCUAUGCUGUGGGUGAUGCAGAGAACCUAAGCAAGAAUACAGUCUGCAGGCUCUUCAGUGGAGUGCUGCUCGGGGACAGGGGUUAUGCCUGCCAGCCUUUCUUGAUGACCCCAUAUCCUGACCCUGAUGAAGGGCCACAAACCAGUUUUAAUGUGGCCCAUGCCAAAACCAGGGUCAGGAUUGAAAUUACUUUUGGGAUACUGAAGGCCCGAUUCACCUGCCUGCGGGGGCUCAGAGUGGCCCCUGAAAGAGCUUGCCGCUUCAUAACGGCAUGUGUUGUGCUGCAUAACAUUGCCACAAUGAGGAAGAAGAGGGCCCCUCCUGCAAACCCCCAACCUCCUGAUGUGGUAGACCCCAUCACCCUGGACUACCCUACUGACAGGGCUGUCAGAGAAGUAUCCUAA